UUACCUCUGGAAAAUACUGUGCUGAGGCCAACAUUCUGUUUGGACAAUUGUGGCCGAGAACACACGGCUCCGGCAAUACCCGUAACCUUCACUGGACUCGAAACUGGAGUAACCAUGUUGCUGCAAAAUAUUUCAAGACUGAUCUUUCUAGUUCAGACCGUGUGGACUGUGUCCUUUGUAGAGGCUCAGUUUUACUACCCAGGGACUUUCAAUUAUCCCCCCACCCAGGCUCCAGUGCCUGCAGCUGCGUCAGCUCCUCGUUUUGUGCUCUUCAACCCGUUCAGUGGCCAGCAGUUCGAGCCUUUUCGCUAUACCGCCUUUCUGAGGCGUGGCAACCGGAAACCACAAGUAAGUGGCAAUAUUGUGGAGCUUCCUCAACUGUGGCAGCCUUGUUCCUGCGCCGAAUUCGCCUGCCGUUGCUGCCUGGGACUGGUAUUCGGAUUCGGUGAGGCAUAUAACCAGCGUGUUUGUGCCGCCAUUGAGUACAACAGGGCGGAUGUGGGACUUCGGUUAAGUGUGGAGCUGAACCAGCGUUCCGUAGCCAAUUUUGGUUUCUCGGCCAGGAAUCCGCCGGAUUACUGUGUACCACUAUUGCUCCCACUGCCACUCUUCAGUUGUUUGCGGCUCUACGAUAUUCGGGCCUUUGGGGAGGGCAAUGUCCAGGUGUGCCUCUCAGUGGUCUUCAAAGUGCUGGUCAGUCAGUUCUUUGAAUACCGUUUCAAUUGCCUUCGUUUUGGGCCGAAUGGAGUCUUUUUCGUGCGGGAUACAGUGCAGCAGGACUCAGAUGCCCAGGAGCUGGAUAAACAGGUGGAUCGGCCGGCUUCAGCAGCUCCGGAAGUAAACAAAAGACGCGUCAAUCUUCCCAACGAUAAACUGGCUGCGGGAAACAGCUUGGGUUACUACGGCUCCUAAUUUUUGUCUUUCCCUUUCUUUGAGUUUAAAAUUAUUCAUCAUGAUCUAUGUAUGCAUGCCUCAUCAUUCUAUUACAUGUUAAGUGAAAAAAGUGAAAUUUCUGUUAAUUAAAAAGUCUUUUAUUCGGAGCCCCGCCCGCUAAUGAAAAUUGCGAAAAUUGGCAAUAAAACUGAAGCCUAACUUUGGUUUCUGUGAGCGAUAAUGCGACUGCCUUAGAUUUAA